AGAAACCGCUGCUCGGAGAUCCGAGCCGCGAUCCAGCCAGGCCGGAAGCCGUAGUCCCACUGCUUCCAUAGACUGAACCAGCAGGCUACUGCACAGCCUCAGAUGGACAUACUGUAGGAUUGCAUUUUAGCCACAUGGUUUAUUUCAGAUUUUUGAUUUAAAUGGGCGUCGCACUUGGCCUUGCUCCUUCCCUCCCUGUGUUGUGUGAUUUUAUAAUUUAUUGUUAUGCAAGGAUUUAACAUACCAAAAAGAUGAUCGGGGGCUGUGUUUUUGGCUGGGGAAGCCUGCGAUCGACUGAAUGCAACACAUAGAUCUGAAGGAAAGGAUUAUUAUAUGGGUUGCAUUUGAUUUUCCUGACCUGCCCUAUCCGGAUUUCGGAUUACUCAACAUUCUUCGGAAUGGAAGGACGGGAUUUCGCUGCUCCGGCGCACCUCUUAUCAGAGCGGGGCGCCCUGGUGCACCGAGCCGCCUCUCGGAUCGCUCCCUCGGGCCACGGCUCUGUACAGCAUGGCGGUCACUUCACGCCGGGGAAAUACUACCCCUCGCACAUACCAAUGGCUCCCCACUCAGGCAGUGGAUUGAUGGGCAAUUCCUCCGCCUCCUUCAUGGGGACCUUUCUGGCCAGUAGCCUGGGUUCCCCCCCUUCCCACCCGUCUCACCCUUCCCGGCCGCCCUCCUCGCCCUCCUCACCCUCCUUCCGGGGCGGACCCCACUCCAGCGCCUCGCAAAUCUGGUUUCCCCAUUCGCAUGAAGCAGCUCCAGGGUACCCUCGAUUCUCAGGGAGUCUGGCCCACACUUUCCUUCCCAUGAGCCACUUGGAUCACCAUGCCAACAGUGGAGUUCUCUACGGGCAGCACCGUUUCUAUGACACGCAAAAAGAGAACUUCUAUCUUCGAGGUCUCCCGUCCCAGCCACCUCUCAUCUCAGCCAAUCACAGUCUGCCACCCAUGUCCAGGGCAGGUUCAGGACACUCUCAGGGGUCCUGCAGCAGAGACAGAGAUCCAGGAGUAGGGACGGGGCUACAUAAGGGUCUUAAAGAAGGGUCUGUGGAGAGAGGAGUGGUACCUGUCAAGGACAAGGAGAGGUCCAGUAGCAAACAGGAAGCAAAGGAGAGGCAGCAGCAGCAACAGCACCACAGUCACCAGCCACCUCAGCCCACACACCACCACCAUUCCCACUCCCAUCAGCAGCACCCACACUAUCCACAGCACCCACUACCCCUGGAGGAGGUCAACAGCCGGGCCCUGGAAAGGCACAAGGCAUCAAUCUCGAUGGAGUACAGCAAGGAACACCCUCAGAGUAUGGGCAAACCCCUCAGUGCCUGUUUGCACAAUGGCAAAAUGCAAAACGGAGAUGCAGGAACUGGAGCAGGGGCUAAGGCCUCCAUGUCCAGUUGUGGGGGGGAGGGCACAGCCCUUGGAGCUAUGGGUGGUGGAGGGAGCAGCCAGGGCAGACAUAUGGGGUCCAGCGGCAGUAGUCGUUGCACCAAAGAAGGGAUAAGUGGGGAGAUGAGGAUCAGUGAACAACCUUCAGACUGUCUGGAGAGGGGUCAGGCACCACUGCACCACUCUCUAUCCUACUCUGUACCCCCACCCUUACACAUGGGUUCUGCUGCUGGAGGCGCACACCCCCAUCCGCAUCCUCAUUCUCACCCCCAUACACAUCCUCACCCUGGGGGCUUCCACUGCCUUCAGCUCCACCCCAGUCACCCGCACCAUCCGCAUCAUUCCCACCAUACACACCACCACCCGGACUUCUUCUGCCCGCCCCCUCCUGCUCCUCUAGCCAACCCUGCCUCACAUGAGAGGGGGCCAGCCAAUGUGGGGCGAGAACCUAAAGUCACAGGGCCUACAUUUGUGCCAUCUGUGGCAGGCCUGGGGGACAAAUCUACUGGGCCAUUCCAGCUUGGUAACCCUGACUGUCAUGGUGUGGGUGGUGGAGGGGGAGGCGGCAACGCAAAGGACAAGAUAAUAGAAAAGAAUGGGGGUGGUGGGCACCAUAGUAGUUGGCACAGAAAACAGCAGCAGCAACAACAACAGCAGCAGCAGCAGCAGCAGCAACAGCAGCAGCAGCAGCAGCAACAACAACAACAACAACAACAACAGCAGCAGCACCCUUACAGAAAGACAGAGAAGGCUCCAGACUGGAUGCAGUCCCACCAUCAACACCUUCAGCCUUCACAGCUUCCUCCACCGCCCCAACUACAGCAGCCUCCACAUCCCCAACAGCAGCACCAGGUUGUACGAUCACGCAGUGCUGAGUGUAUCAACAGUGGUGUGGAUAUGGAUGUGUUCAGACCCUCACUGCCCCAGGGGCCCAAGACUGGACACUCUGUCCCUCAUUCUGUCAACACUUCUCCUUAUAGAGACUGUUCCCAUCCGGGACCCCAACCUAACUCCUCCCCACUUGGAAGUAAAAGCAUGGGACAACACAGUGGGGCUGGAGCAACCCAUGGCCCUGGUCCUGGAGGUAGCUGCUCCUUACAGAGAGAUGGACAAAAGGUAGCCAGGAUACGCCACCAGCAACAUGGCCGACCUGGCCCAGAUGCACCCUCUCCUGCUGAGUUAAACCAGGGGACUAAUCAGGAGCUAAAAAGAAAGAUGGACAUGUCUCCUUACGGUUACAACAACAGCAGUGGGCAGCACCACCACCAACAGCCGCCCGUGCCACCCUGGGCCAUGAGACCUCCCCACCACAUGCCACAACCCGAGGAGGAGCAGAGGAAGUCUUACAUGGAGUUAGGGAGCACUGGUGGGCAACACUCCCAGCAGCAGCAGCAGCAACAGCAACAGCAGCAGCAGCAACAGCAGCAGCCGGGAAUGAGCCUACCUCCUCCCCAGCCUCCACCCGCACCUCCCCUCAGUCAGCAACAGCAGCAGCCGCAGCAGCAACCUGAGCCCCAGGGCCCAACUCAGGGGGAGAGCAGUGCCAUGAAAAGCUUACUAAAGUACAGCAACCAGCAACAGCCACUGCUUCUCUCCCAGAAGAGCCCCUUUGGGGGGCUGGGAAGCCUCAAAUCAGGUCCUGCUGGGGGGAGCUGUGCCCUGCAGGGCAACAAACAGACUCUACCUUCCAGAAAGGGCCCAGCCAAUGACAACGAGCGCCCUGAUUACAGUGGAAGAGGCCGAGAUAUGGGGGACACAGGUCACGGGGAAAGUGAGGUGCGGCAGCCGCCAGUGGGAAUUGCAGUGGCUGUGGCCAGACAAAGGGAGCCACCAUGUCGUUCAGCAGACACUCAUCCCAACAGCCGGCAGGGCAGGGUCCAUCCCUCAGUAAAAGGACCGCCCCGCUCCAUGUAUCCUUCAGAUCCGACCACUGAAGAGGAGAGGAAGAGGAUGAGUGGGGAGCAGAUUGGUUUGACUUGCUUGGACAGAGAGAGAGAUGCAUAUAUCAGGGAUAAUAAGGAACGGGUGGAGUUUGCGAGAAUCCACCCCUCCAACAGCUGUCAUGGAGACCUCACUUCUCAUCUCAUGGUCCCAGGCGGGACUUCCCUCCAGUCUGGCCAAUUAGGAGAUCCUGCUGCACAUUCUGCUCACCAUCAUUGGAUGCCAAGAACUGGAAGCCCAUCCCUUUGGAUGACAGGACACUCUUAUGCAGGUAUAGGUCAUACAGCCCUGCACCAGAAUCUGCCACCAGGUUUCUCUGCAGCCAUGUCAGGCCCUCUGCAGCCAGUGCUGCCUCUGCCUCAGGACCCCUCUACCCAGCUGGUGGUCCUGCCCACUGAGCCUCCCGCCCAUCCUGCCACCCAUCACCUGGAUGUGAUGGAGCAGCCAGGGCUGUGGCCCCCUGUGUAUGGCGCCCGGGGCCCACCCUCCCACAUGCAGCAUCCUGCUGUGUACUCCCGAUCCCAGUUUCUACGGCAACAGGAGCUGUACGCUCUCCAGCAGCACCAACAGCUCCAGCAUCAGCAUCAACAUCAGCACCAGAGCCACCAGUCGCAGCAACCACAAACGCAGUCUCAAACCCAGCAGCAGCAGCAGCAGCAGCAACAGCAGCAGCAGCAUAGAGCUGCGCAUGGCAUGGACAUGCAACAUCAUGCAACUCAUAAUUCACAGAUGCAGAAGAGGCCGGAUGAACCCUCCGUUGAACUAGAGGAACUCAUUUCAGAACCGAGAACGUCUAAACCUGCCAAGCCCUACUCAUACAACCCGCCCCAGAGGAACACCUCUCCCCCUGGGGCCUGCGCCGCUCACUUGUCCCCGUGUUGCCAGUCCCCGUCACUACGCCCGCAUCCCAAAAGCACUCCUUCGACUCCCUGCCCCGCUCCCAGCCCUGCUGCAGCAGCCCCUCACUCACCUGCCAUCAGCCCUGCCCCUCCUCAGAUGCCCAAGGGGACUGAAUCCCAGGACAAGCGAGGAGAGGGACAGCCCCCGCAGGAUUACCCACAGUCUCUAGAGCCUGACUUACCUCCUGGAUACACCUAUCCUUCUAUUGCCAUGGGCUACAGGAGCGGGCCGUCCCCCCAGGAUGUUCGACUGGCUGAGCCAGCCGACCUGGAAGCAGUCCAAGUGGAGCCUGCUGAGCAUGCUCCUCAGUCUCUCUCCAGCCUGGGGGAGGAGCUAGACUGCCAAGCGGUGGUCAGGCCCCUACCAGAGUCACUCCCACCCGAGGAAGUGGAGCAGGAAGAGCAAGAAAGCGUGGUUGAGAGCGUUCUGGAACAGAGGGAGGAGGUGGAGGUCGCAGCAGUGACAGCAGCCAACUAUGUGCCUGGAGAGAGGGAGGUGGAGGAGCAGGGGCCCGCUGAGGAAGAGGUGCUGGUUUGCCCUCCUGCUAAGAGCCCAGUGUGCGAGGCUGCUUCCUGUCCAGUCCCCCUUUCAACAGAGGAGCCUGAAAGGCCAGAAGCUGUCAUCACCUUGGAAGAGGAAGAGGAUGAUGAGGCGGUGGGUGAGGAGAGCCAGGUGGAGCAUGCUCAAAAGGGCAACAUGUCUGGAGAGCAGGAGCCAGAGCUGCCCACCAUCAUUGAGCUUGACCCUGCUUCCCCUGCAGCUCCCGAGCCUCAGUCCUCAGCCCUUGAGGGAGCAAAGGACAGCGAGACGGUCCCGGAUGACGCCUCAGUGGAUUUUGUGUGUCUUUCCCCUGCCUCAGCUUCCGCCCCCAGCCCGAGUCAGGCAACUGUUGCCAUGCCCCACAAACCUCUUGUGCCCUGCUACUGGAGUCUGGAGCUGCUGAUCGCCGCUGCCUUCUGCACAGACGUACCUCCAUUUCCCUUGUUCCCUCUUAGCACCCCAUCAGCUGCCCCCUCUCAGCCUAACCCCCACCAGGGUAUGGAGCUUCUGAGUGAGCUGGCAGAUCUGGAGCUGCAGCAGCAAAAGCGCACCUGUGGGAAAAGUCAGGAAGAGGAGUUGCUGAUGUUUGACCUCCAGAGCCUUGCUACCCUGGCCACAGCCCGUGCACUGGAGAUGGGCUCCCAGGAAGGCAGCAGUACAGCUUCAGGGCGACACUUCCCAGCCCGCAGGAUCCUUAAUUUACGUAGGAAAUGCAGCUGGACACCUCGCAAUGAACCAGUGUGCCCGGCCAAAGGUAGCAUGGAAACAAUGGACGGUCCCGAGCUUGCAAUGCGUGUGAAGCUGGCUGAGCUACAGCGUCGCUACAAAGAGAAGCAAAAGGAGCUGGCCAAACUUCAGAGGAAGCACGAUCAUCAGAAGGAGGAAACACCUCGAAGCCCGGCUCGACGAGGACCGGGGCGGCCAAGGAAGCGGAAACCCACCCUCACCACAGGUCCAGUGUCCUCGUCUGAGGGCCAAAGAAAAGUCAAGUCGAUGGGGGCGGGGCUUGCACUGUCGCCUGAGGACCUAGGAGGGGGCGGAGACAGCCAGAGAAGGAAGAAGAGGCUGUCCAGUCGAGGCUUUGAGCGACUCAGCAGCACACAGCAGAUAAAAGCACAGGGCUGCAGAAAAAGCAGUCUUCACAGCAUGCCCGGCUCCAAGCUGGCUGAUGAUGUGACUCAGCUCAAACAGAAAGCGCAAGGUAAAAAGAUUCUCUCAGGGACGGGCUCCAGGGACAAGGAGGUUUCGCCCUGUAACUCCAACCCCAAGCAUGGACACAGAAGCCAGGGCACAAGCAAAGCAGAGUCCAGGCGAGAGUCUGGGGGUCAAAGUGACACAGCAGCCAGUGUGGACAGUGGCCCUCAAGAGAACUGGGCAGGACUGGUGCACCGUGGACGUAAAAAGGGAUCCACCGCACUGACUCAGGGUUCCUCCCGCCUGAGCCAGCCCAGAGCGAGGGUUCUGCGUGGCCAUAGACAGGAGGCGAUGGAGGACGGAGAGAGCUCCCCUGCAGAGAGUGACUCCUCUGAUCAAGAUGAAGAAGAGGAAGGCAGUUAUGAUACCGAUGAAGCUCAAGACUACAGAGCCCAACCCCCCAGAGACGUCACUUCUAGCUCGUCCGUGACAGGUCCGAGUCCCUCAUCUGUUGUAAAGCUGGAGGCCAAUCAGAAAGCCAGGAACAAAAAACAGAGACAGGAGCUUUAUGGCUCCCAGAGUCUGUCUGGAGCAGAAGGUGAGGUCAAAGUGAGGAAGCCCCCCUGUAGGCUGGGCCUAGCCACUGCAGUCAAAAACCGCCAUGAAGAUCACCGACCCGAAGGGGUUAGAAGGCCGUGUGGACCCAGAUCAAAGGAGCCUCGGUGGGGUAGCCUUGGGACCAGAGGCAACCGCUACCGGCGGAGCAUGGGACUGGCCACCUUCCCGACCACCAGUGAGAGGCUAAAGAGGGCGACCCGCAAGAGCACAAUGUUGAGGGGAGCAAUCAAUAAGAGGAGAAGUUGCUGGUCAGUUGGAGCUACAUCUUCACAGAAUGAGGAGGGCGGCAGGGGACGAAGGAGCAAGGACCAACAGCCAAAGGGACGAGCAGUGAGUCGGCUGCUGGAGAGCUUCGCGGCUGAUGAGGGCUUUCAGAUGGAUGGCAGCAGCUUCUCAGAAGAAGAUGAGGACAGCAGCCGCUCAUACAACAACAAAAGCCCUGAAGUUCCCAACUGUGUCCUGACCAAAGAACUCUUAACUGAUGGACUGAAGGUGCUGAUCUCCAAGGAGGAUGAGCUUCUAUAUGCUGCCAGAGUCCACACACUGGAGAUCCCCGACAUCUUCAGCAUUGUUAUCUAUGGUGAAAGAGGAAACCGCCCAAGAAUCUAUUCAUUGGAGCAGCUGCUACAGGAAGCUGUCCUGGAUGUACGGCCAGAGUCGGAGACAGUGCUCACUGAAGGAACCAGGGUGUGCGCUUACUGGAGCGAACGCUCACGCUGCUUAUACCCAGGCUAUGUUCGCAGAGGUGGUUCAUCUGAUGAAGGGAAGCAAGGAGGGGUGAUGGUAGAGUUUGAUGAUGGAGACCGAGGGAAGAUUUCUCUCCCAAACAUCCGCCUCCUGCCUCCAGGAUACCAGAUUCACUGUGGGGAGUCAUCUCCUGCCCUGCUGUUACCCAGCGAGAUGACAGCCAAGAAAAGUUCCAGUCUGGAGCAGGCCCCCAUCAGUGACAGACCAUCUGACAGACUUAAUACAUUCAUCAACAGCCAAACAACUGUUCACAAAAGAAGACCAGGGAGACCAAAGGGUUCUGGGAAAAAACAAAAGCUGCAGCAACAGCAGGCUGAGAAUGCCAAUAAAAAUCCUUCACCUUUCCUGAGUUGGCCUUCAUUGGGCAACACCAGGAAGAGGUCAUCUGACAACCUGUUUCAGCUUAAUGGAGCACCCAGGAAGGCCUUGAGAGGGUCAGAGGAUGACCCGUUCCCCUUGCCUAGGACCCAGCCACUGGCUUCCACCCCAGCCAAAGGCCUUUUCAGCAGCAGCUCCUUUGAGGUGGACUCCUUCAGCAGCAUUGCAAAUGGCUACUCCUCCUUCUGCACUCAGUCUACAGGGCCGAGUCCAGGUUUAUCGUUGGGCUCCAGAAGUGGGCUGUAUGGCCAGAGGCGCAGGCAAGAUGAGCUAAUUAUGCCAAGGAGCAGGAAGUCUGGACAAGAGUUCCUGGUCAAAUUAGAUCAUGAAGGAGUGACAUCCCCCAAAACAAAGAACAGCAAGGCUCUGCUGUUGCGAGAUGGAUCUUCCAGUGUGGGUGGUAUGCCCAGGACAGAAGCUUACUCUCACCCUGUCCUUCUGGUUAAAGAUAACAAAAAGGGCGGUGCGUCCAGGGUAGAACUUCUCCUAAAAGGAACAACACCCCAAAGAAAGCCCUCCUAUUCUCUGCGUCUUGAUGAAUAUGGGGACUUGGGCUUCAGCUCCCACAGAGAGUGUCACAGCUCUUACUCUGAUCUUGAAGAUGAUGAGGAAGAGAGGAGGAGGGCUGCACUGGCUGCAGCCUCAGGUGGACUAAGGACGGCUGGCCGCUUCCUGUCUCGUCUCUCUGUCUCUUCCUCAUCCUCUGGUUCUUCAAGCUCCUCCUCCUCAGGCUCUCUGUCCAGUUCCAGCCUGUGUUCCUCUGACAAUGAUUCCUCCUACAGCUCAGAGGAUGAGGAUAGUUCUACACUGAUGCUUCAGAGUUGUCUGUCUUCCCACCGGGGGCUCCUGCAACCCUCUGAACCCUCCACUUCUUCAAGGCCGCACCAGCACUCAUUUGUGGCCAAAGCUGUGGCUGUUUCCAAUGCCAAAGGAGGCCCCCCUGACCAGGUCUCCAACAACAAGUCCAUGAAGAGGAAAGAAUGCACCAGCUCCCCAUCUAAAUCAUCUAAAGAUUUUGUGAAGAAACCUAGGAUGCUUCCAGAUGACACCUCAUUCAUUCCAAGGCCCAAGAUGUCUGCGUUCCUUGCAGGACGACAAAUGUGGAGGUGGUCAGGAAACCCUACACAGCGGCGAGGUCUCAAGGGCAAGGCAAGGAAGCUUUUUUAUAAGGCCAUUGUGCGAGGCAGAGACACAGUGAGAGUGGGAGAUUGUGCUGUGUUCCUCUCAGCGGGACGCCCGAACCUCCCAUACGUAGGUCGAAUUGAGAACUUCUGGGAAUCCUGGACCUCCAGCAUGGUGGUCAAAGUCAAGUGGUUCUACCAUCCUGAAGAGACCAAGCUUGGCAAGAGGCAUCGAGAUGGCAAGCAUGCCCUGUACCAGUCAUGUCAUGAGGAUGAGAAUGACGUCCAGACAAUCUCUCAUAAGUGCCAGGUGGUGAGCAGGGAGGAGUAUGAGUGUCUGACUCGCAAUCAGAAGCCGAACAGUACCUCCCCAGACCUCUACUACCUGGCUGGGACGUACGACCCCACCGCUGGUCAGUUGGUCACUACUGAAGGGGUUUCCAUCCUGUGCUGAACCUUCGUGAGGACACUACUGAAGGACUCCUUUGGAGGAAGGAUAGAAGUCUAUGACUGUACCUACAAGACCCUCCAGCCUGGGAAGACAACAAGUGUUCCUUGGGUACGAAUCAAAGACCCAUGGACAAAAUGUCGGCACCAAAGCAGGGCUGUCUGAGGUUACACACUGGAGUCUAUUGGCGUCUAACCUUUGUGGAAGUGAAGGGGGAUGUCCAUAACUGGUUGAUCCUUUCUAGAAGAAUAGCAGGAGGUCUGGGUCUUCCUGGGCAUCACAAAAUUCGAUAAGUGGCGUUUCGAUCGUCCAACUAAUCUCUUUGUAAUGGAUGUGAUAGACAGCUUCAUAAAUGGUUUUAGGACUCAAGCUUUCAGCUCCUAUCAUAUGUCACCAAAGUAGAGCUGAGAGUGAGUUUGACUGUGCAAAAUACCAUGAGGCUGAAUAGUCUCUGCGGACCAAUUCUAUAAAGGUAGCCUUACCUGAGGGAAUGGAAAAGAAAGUGAGGCAUGGGGCUCUCCCUAGACCUCUUCAUUCCAGGGAAGUUGAAAACAUGUAAAAGAUGUAAAGUUGAUGUCUGUAAAUAUUUUUGAAUUUUUUCCCAAUCAAGCCAUACACUUCAGUACCUCUCACCUGUCUUAACUGUUCAGGUGUACAUUGUACAGGUCAAUUAUUGUAUUGUUGUCUGUUGUCUAUAUGUACAUAAAAGCUAUUUUAUAUAGGAGUUUAUUGUAUAUAUGAGAUGUAUCUUUCCAUGUUUGCGAUUGAUUUAUUUUUAUAUGGGUGUAGAAUACAUUACAUCGUUUUUCCUUUGCUUUGGGAAGUCAAGAUUGGAGAUGUUAGUGUUGCACUGCAUAUGCCCUGCUGAGACAGACAGAGACAGACAGACAGAGCACAAACAAAGACAGAAGGAUUUAGUCUAUAACAGGACGAGAGACUCACUUUCUGAGAGAGAGGGGUCAUCCUGUUUAAAAAAUAGGUCAAGUGGCUUUUUUUGUAAAAGUGUUCUGUUACUUUGCAUUUUUUGUUAUCCUAUUUUAAAAACACCUUUUUAUUUAUGUACCUCUCAGUUGGUCAUCAUCACGAGGCAGAUCCCACUGGACUGCAAUCACGGGUCAAAAAUGAUUUAAGAUCAAUGAUAUAUGAGUAUAACAUUUUGACACAAUAUUUGUGUGUGAUGAGUGUCCUGGCAUCACUAUAAUCAUGUCCACACAAAUCAAUUUAGAACAAGACUGGGUCUUUUUUAAUGAAAAUGUGUUAUAUGAAUGCAUAGUUCAGCACAUUAUGACCUACAAAAUACCAAAGUGUCUUUUAAAUAUCUUUAUUUCCUUUAUUUAAAUUUAACAUAUGUCAAGCACCUGUACUGAACUCAAAUCAGAAAUCACUGGUAACUUAUUGUCCUCCACUAUGUGCAUAUAUAUUGGCUUUGCAUUGUGACAAUGGUUUCUUGCACAUGUACCUGCAGUUUUGUUUAGUGCAAACAUAUGCAGCAAAAGGCCACCUGGGAGUGAGACUAUGAAGGUCAAGGUACUGACAAAGAAAGAUGUUGAGUACUGACAAUUUGUUGGAAUUAGUCUAUUUUAGUUUCAUCAGCCAUCUGUGUCUAUUUUGUACAGUACACGCACAUACUCGAUGCUAACUGUGAAGGACAAUCAGAUUCACAAAGCAAUGGACAUAGAGUAGGUUCACUCAAUCUGAAAAUUUACUUAAAUUUAUUUAAUUUGUGCCAAGUACAUUUUGUCUAUAUUUUUUUUGUCUUGUUUGAUAUGCAAUCCUGAGUAUUCUUUGUUCACAAAGUUUUAUUUUGUUCGCCAACAUUUUAUUUAUUGUCAAUGUUGCUGUUUGUUCAUGCCAAGAGCGCUUUAUGAGAAUGUGACAUUGUUUUUCUUGGUGUGAUGUCGCAUUUGCAUUUCUUAAAUAAAACUGGUCUUGUAGAGGCCAUCUAGUGAAAAGAAAUAAAGCAACACUGGAUUCUUCUCA